GCAAUAGUAUAAAUAGAAUAGCAAACCCACCUCCUUCGCAACCACAACGCUCUCCGGUAACCAAGUUGGAACGAGAGAAAUCCUUAUAUACCUACGGCUAGCCCUUUCCACAACCCGCUGGAACCAGGACACUUCCUCAGCAUCACCUCGUCUCCUCGUCCAAGUGUAGACGAGUCAAAGAAGCUCUUGAUCGAGAAAAGCUGGAGCGUUCAACGUACUGUCUCCCUUGCAAGGAUCACCCUCACCGAUUUGUGGAAACCCUCACCCAGAAACUUGAAACACUCGCUCAACGAGAAUAUCAAGAUACAAUGGCUCAUCAAACCGGUCGACCUCGUGCCAGCUCCCUGAAAGAGCGGUACCCCGGGGACAUGUCUCACCGGCCACUCGCCAUGCUCGAGCGAGACUACCGGGCUGCCGAUCGAACACCCAACCUGCGCAACCCGCGCCGUCAGCAACCCAUCGAUAUCAUCGACACUUUAGAUCACACUGGCCCCGGACGCGGCUUCAUGUACCACCAUGACGGCCCAUACGAUGCCACCCUGGCGUCCCGUAACCGCAACAAGAAGUAUUCGCCCGUCGAAGCAGUCAAGGACUCCAACAUGGAGGCUCUCAGGGCUACUCCCCGUGAGUAUGUCCAGGAUUCGCUGAUCAAGCAUGUCCCAUUGCAAGGAACCGCCGUCGUCCCUCCCGGGAUGCGAGAUCUUGCCGGACGCACCAUGGACUACCAAGAAGGCACGGAUAUGAUGCGUGAGGGAGCCACUAACGGUAACGCCUCCGCUUACAAGAGAUGGGCGGGUUAUCAAUACCACCCCGAUGACCUCAAAGGCAAGGGCGAGCCCUCCUACACCAUCGAGAAGCAGCUCAAAGACCACAAGGCCACCUCCCGUCUUGCCCGCAGCUAUAGCUACGGCAACUACUACGCCUCCAAGGAAGGCGAGAGCAUGCUUGAGAUGCAACCGCGUUCUACUCACUACCUGGACGUUCCUGGCUCUUCUAGCUCCUCCUCGGGUCUGAUGGGCUACCAGCAGAAAGAGGGCAACGCCAAAGUUCGUCAGAGAAGCGUGAGCAAUGCCACGACUACGGGAUACGGAGGAGGAGGAGGUUACUACUCGAACGACUACGAAGGAGGAGAGUCUAGCAGUGGUGGGGGGUUGCACAGAAGUAAUACCACGGGCAAAACCAUUGCGCAGUCACUGAAGAGGAGGUUGGGCAGUCUCAAGCGGAAGUAGAAGAAGGAGGUUGGUUGUAAGGAAGGUUGGAUAUGAGAGGCAGCACUUUUUUUUUUUGGAUAUGGGAAAAGACUGAAAGGAGAUGAGUGAUGAGAACUGAUACUGCGGCAUAUGGCUGGUUGCCGGCCUCAUACUUUCAUUUUUCAUUUUCCUUCUUUUUGG